AUGUCAUGGAUUGACAGCGUCCUCACGUGCAUGGGCGCCCCGCCGUGGCCGUGCACUUCCGCAUCUUGAUAAUAUCGUCGAAACACACGAAUCCCGAGUCGGCGCCGGAAACUGAAUCUGGAGAGGAGGAGUUUGAGCUGCUCAAAGUGCUCGGACACGGCUCUUUCGGCAAGGUACGUUUUUCGCUUCUCACCAAAUUUUUUCGGAAAUGUUUUCAGCUUUCUCAGUGAAGCCGUCGAGUUGCCACGUCUUUCGCUUCCUCCGAUUGUCGUCGUCAACAAGACUCUGGACUAUGAAGAGCCGCCGAUGCGACGCGAGAAUCUGAUGGACGACGAGGUGUCGAGCAGCGAACACGUGGAGGACGAGGAGGUCGUCGCCGAGUUCCCCGUAUCCAAUGUCACGAUCAAGGGAGACGAGAUUAAGGUUGGGCCUUCAUUUCUGAGUUUUACGCCACUUUUAAUCGAAAUUUAUGCUUUUUCGUAUAUCAAAAAAGUUGGACAGAUGCACCAACGCUUUAGAAAAUUGGCUUUAUCACACUGAUGCAUUUUAUUUAGAACUCUUUUUUCCCAAUGCAUAAUGAUUUGAAGGCGAAUAGAUUGAUUCUUUCCGAACAUUUGUUGCAAUUAAUUGCAAUUGCUCUCUGCGAUUUUUCAAAACCCCCUUUCUUUCACUGUCUCUCUCGCCGACCUUCUUAUCCAAAUAUCCCCUCGCGCUCGCCAAAAAACAAACACAUUGUUCGUUUUGCGAUCCGAAAAAAGGCGAAAAAGAAGCGGAUUUCGAGUGGGUGGGUGGGUGGCUCUCGGCCGAGCACAAACACUUUCGAGUGAGUCGAAACGGUUAUUAUCAGGGUCACCAGGCAGCUGUCAUUUUCAGUAUUCUUCCAAGUCUACAACAAUAUUUUGCCGCGACGAGAAGAAUGUCGAUCGCCUGUGAAGUUCGAUUUGGUGAGUUUAGGUGUUGCCACGUCGUCACGUCAAAAAGUUAAGGGACGACUAUAACUAUGCUUGCCACUUCAACUACCGUAUCGUUAGUUCAACUCGAUAUAUCUCAGCUGUGUGUAGAGAUAUCAAAAAAUUGUAAACUGAUAAAAUGUGCACAAUAUCUUAACGAACAAUUUAUCAGUUGACAACUUUUUGAUUUUUCUACCGACAACUGAGAUAUAUCGGUUUGAAUAGAGUUCCCCCCUUCUAUAACAGUAGGCGACGUGGCAAGAACAAGCCGGAAUAGCCUGCCACACAAUUGUGAAAGCUCAAAAAUCGGAUGAGCAGCGUCAGCUGUCGUCCGAUAAAUAUUGUAGUCUUCUCGGAGAUUUCUUCUCGCCGCCGACACACGAGAAUUUUACAAAAAGUUUGUCGGGCCCGGGGGCUUCCCCGCAUUUCACAUCGGCUCUCCACCCCACACACGACAACUUUUCCCCUUGAUUUUCACGUAAAAGUGUUUUUUGACGGUGCCGACCGGUUCUUCACCGAUCUUGACCGCCAAACGUUGCAGACAAGACAAUCUUCACGAAGUUCCGCGAGUUGGAGCAAAACGCGGAAGCGGCCAGCCAGUCGGACGUGUAUUCGAAGGGAUUCGUACCGAAGAAGAUGGACAAGGAGAGCAGCGAGUACGGACGGCCCAAACCGGGCACACUCACCGAGCAGAGGGCCAAGAAAGCAGGUUAGCAUCUUCUUUUUCCGAUUUUCCAAAGGCUCACCUUCCAACGCAUUUCUCUGCGUUGGCAAAAGGUGUAACUGCUUCAAAAUUUGCUUGUGACCUCUUGACAUCUAGUACUUCAUUUUUCUAUUUUAUCACUUUUUUGUACGACCACUUGCUGGGGUACUGUAGCUUCACAAAGUUUGAAUGCAUUUCGUGGCCUCGCAUUUUAGUGCCCAACUUGCUAGAGCUACAGUACUCUUGGGAGUCGUUUUACAAAAAAAGUGUCAACUACAAAAAUAGAGUUGAUACCUAAUAAUUUACUUUUGUAGUUCACAAAUUUUCUGUACAACCGCUUCUAAGAGUACUGUAGCUCGUUAAAGUUUGAUCAACUUUCGAGCCGUUCAAUUAACCCCCAACUUCCAAGAGUGACAGUACUCUUGGGAGCAGUCCUAGAAAAAAAGUGUCAACUACAAAAUUAAAGUACCAAGUGUCAAAAUUGUGUACAACAACUCUGAGAAGCAUUUGUCACAGAUUUUCAUACCAAAUGGAUGCAUUUUCAGCCGCACACGUCGCCCGAGAAAUGUUGACCCUCUGCGAAGUGGUUGAGGAUUACGGAAAGCGCGAGAAGGACGGAGAGCCGAUCAGAAUCACGUUCGGACGGCUUUUCGGCAUUUAUGUCAAUAUUUCUGACAAGGUAUGAGUAUUGGGGGGCAUUUUGUUGAAAUGCUCUCAAAAAUUUGGAUACACUUUGAAAAAUCAUAGCUUUUUUCAAAAAAAUCGCACAGACUCCAGUUUAGGCUAAAAACUUCUGAAAUCAACCGGACAAUAACAGAAAAAUAUAGACUUUAUCAGAAAAAAUUCAUCAAAAACAUUAUCCGUCUCCGAACCGGCGUCAUAUUUUCUCUGCAGGUAGUGGGCACUCUUCUCCGUGCGCGCAAGCACAAAAUGGUCGAUUUCGAGGGCGAAAUGCUGUUCCAACGUCGUGACGACCACGUCAUUAUCACCCUUUUGCUGGAAGGCGCCGCUCUGAAAGAGGCCAUCCGGGCCCACGCGGCCGCCAAUCCCAAAGACUGA